AUGAAAUUGAUGCAACAAGCUCCACCACUAAAACCACCUCCAAAUCCACCACCUCCUCCUCUCCCUUCACCUACUCCAAACUCACCACCUCCUCCAAAUCCACCCCCACCGCCACCACCGUCACCAUACCCACCACCUCCUCCUCCACCAAAGCCUCCACUACCACCACCACCUACACCUCCUUCAAAACCACCACCACCACCUACACCUACACCUCCUUCAAAACCACCACCACCACCUACACCUCCUCCAAAACCACCACCACCUCCCCUUCCUUCUGACCCAUUUUCUCCGCUCCCUCCAAUACCACCACUACCACCCUUUUCUCCAUCAUUACCACCAUCUCCUCCAAUUACACCAUUACUCUUUGCUCCACCACUUCCUUCACCUCCAUUUGCGCUGCCACCACAGACUCUUGUUGUUCCGGCACCAGUACCACCAAGUCCCAGCACGGACCGCCUUUUCCUCCAUCAGGCCCACCACCUCCUCCUGGCCCACCACUACCUCCUACACCUUCAUAACCACCAUAUUUACCAUUUCCUCCUCUAG